AUGAAGUUCUAUGUUUUAGUUCUAGUCUUUUUUGCAGUUUUCGCCGCUACAAGGCCUUGCUUUGUAAGCUCUAGAAUCCUUCAAUCACCAACAAAGACAGAAAAAACCAGUCAUGAACCUAUCAAAGACGUUCAGCAUCUCAAAGCUUCAAUGACAACAGAGAAGAUCAACACCGAGUAUACGAUGAUGAAAAACAGGAUUUUGGUUGAUAGCCAAUUCCAUACCAUGACUUCUGGACCAAGCAGAAGAGGUUCAGGUCACUAA